AUGAACACCGGAAGGGCUUCUACAUUCUUCCCAGCUCUCCUCCUGGUCGCGGUCUUGGUCCGACUGGGGGACUCCGUCCGCUUGCUCGCCGAAGGUGACGUCACUGACUCGAUCUCAUCGGCCUGCCAGCAGACAGAGUACUUCGACGUCUGCGUAUCCACCCUUCAGUCCCGCCCCGACAGCCAGAAUGCCGACGUGAAGGGCCUUGCUCUGAUCUCUCUCAAUGCCUGCAUUGCCCACGCCGAGGGGACGCUCGCCUACGCGAGGCAACUAAGGAGCAACGCCACCGCCGCCGCAGGACAUGGCGGCGACGACUACGCGACGCGGUGCCUGGAUGACUGUCUGACCCAGUAUUCGGACGCGCUGGACGACCUUAGGGAGUCGGUGGCGGACGCCCAGGACGGCGCCUACGGAUCGGUCAACGCGAGGGUCUCCGGAGCCAUGACGGACUCCGACUCGUGCGAAGACGGGUUUGCGGAGCAGCCGGGCUACAGCUCGCCGCUGACGGAGAGGAACGACUUCUUCUCCAAGCUCUGCAGCAAUGCUCUCGCCAUCACUCGCCUCUUGUCCUGA